UUGAAUCAGACCUGAAUAUCAUUCAACUCAAGUCAUUCCUUUCAACUACUACUACCCAGUCAAAAAUUUGUAUACACAUCAAAAUGAGCGGACGUGGUAAAGCAGGCAAAUCCAAAGGAGGUAAAUCCAAGACUAGGUCGUCCCGUGCCGGACUCCAGUUCCCGGUCGGUCGUAUCCAUCGUCUGUUGAGAAAAGGAAACUACGCCGAACGUGUCGGAGCCGGAGCACCAGUGUACUUGGCCGCCGUCAUGGAAUAUUUGGCAGCUGAAGUUUUGGAGUUGGCCGGUAACGCUGCCCGUGACAACAAGAAAUCUCGUAUCAUUCCCAGACAUUUGCAAUUGGCCAUCAGAAAUGACGAAGAAUUGAACAAACUGUUGUCCGGUGUUACAAUCGCCCAAGGCGGUGUAUUACCAAACAUCCAAGCUGUACUUCUACCAAAAAAGACUGAAAAGAAAGCUUAAGAAAUAUCAAUAGAUACUCAUAUAGUGCAGUAGUGCAGUAUUAGUAUUUUUUUUUUAAAACGGUUCUUAUUAGGGCCACAAAUUAUUAUUACAAAAUAUUCUUUAAUUUAAUAUUAUAUAAUUAAAAAGUAAAGUUUGUAUAAUCUUUAUAUAUAUAAAGGAAAGUGUACUUAAACGAAAACGAAAACCAAUAUUUAUAAA